UGCGACUGCAGCGUCCAAAUAUACUCGCUGCUUUGAAAGCUUUUACGCUUUUAAGUACCGCAGACAUUCCUGUCAGUCUAUUUUUCAGGUGGUUCGCUCAUGGAGGUCCUCAGCGUGGCAGUUCGAUAAUCCGAGGUAGACUACAGUGCAUCUCACUGAGAAGCACCCAGUGUUCAGCAGCAUUUAUUGCAGCCUAAAGAUGUGGAUACGUUAUCAACAGGGAACCUUCCCAUAUACACCAUCUAACCAUUGACUUAGCGAAGGAAGCUAAUAGUCUUGAAUCAUUAAGAGGCGUACAGUGAUAUCCCAGACUCAGCUUAGUCUUUUGGGUGAUCAGUUUGUAUCUGAUUCUACGAUGAUCGACAUGUGAACGGAGAAGAUUGUCAGUGUUCCAAUGUAGAAGAUGUCUUGCUAAACUGGUUACAGUGACAUGUGUUGGGACUUAAUGUGCAAGGUUCGUAAGCCUGGUCAUUUUGGGAUGAUCUCAAGUUUGGUUCACUGCAACUUUGUGCUUGAAAGUGUAGAAGAGGAGUGUAGUCAUCGAGAGUGGAAAUUGUUGCACCAGAUCUCUUGCAAAGACUUAGCGUAUAAUGUUUUUAUAACAUAAAAUGAGAAGUCUAACAACUGGAACCGUUGGAAAAGUUACAAGACAGUUUGCCAGUGUCACUCGUAAGAGAUGACCGAGCAUGUUAUCUUAUUUGAUCACCUUGAUAGUUUGUCCAUUACCGAGAGAGGAGUGCCAUGUUUCUACUGAAUCAACAUUUCCCUUCUUUUUUUUCUAAAGAUACGAAGCAGUGGUUUGAUAUUAAGUAAGUGAAAAUUGAUCAAGUUCAAGACAGGACUGCUUUGAGGCCCUAAAAUAGAUCUAAUUACGAAAAAAGAUCAGAGCCAUUUUAAGAGCAUUUAUACAUUUUUCUAAACAGCAUACUUGUCAUAAGAGUACUAAUGAAAGUUUAGUAGAUCGGCCAGGAUAGUAUUUGAGUUAAGGAUCUUCCGAGCCAAUCUAAGAGUAUCAAUCAUGCCCUGCUAUUGCAACUAUAUUUCUUAAUGCCACUACUGCAAGUCUGAAAAUAUUGUCAAUCAAAUUAGACUACAUGGAAGUGAAUUUUUACAACUUCUGUAAAGGAAAUAUACAUCUUUAUGUCUUAAGGAAGAACACAAGUUAAACGGUACAUGUAUGAUUUCAUCGAAAGGGAAAUUUCCUGCAAGGUACGAGUUUGUAAAAGGACUGGCUGUAGUGCGGAGUAACCAACACCCAAAGAAAUACUUUGCUACCAUCUUUCUACGAACCGAUGUUCAAAUCCUUGGGUAAACCCAGGACUUAACAGAAGGUAAAUUGACGCAGGAAGGAGAUACACUCAUGAUGAUGACGCAAUCUUGUUGCGAUAACAAGUCAUCAUUCUGAGAUAAAACACCAUUUUAAGUGCGUGAGCAUCUAGCAGGGGUACUAUAAAAAGAAACUGCGACGUUUCCGGAGCAGUGCCAAAGGGUACUACGUGGUGUGUGGAAAUGUGCGAAAGUGGUUACUGUUUUAUCGCGAGAGUGAGUUCAUUGACUGGAUCCUAGGAUGUAAAAAGUGUUUCUGCAUAUAGUGUAGCAGGGGAAGGGUCCAAUUCUGAAAAUUUCAUUGAGGAAUUGCUGUUUAAGCCAGUGUCUUAGGGAAGACUGUCAGAUUCAAGAUGAUAAACAAUCAGCCUAGAGUGAUCUUGAAUCCUGGGGAGGCCCAUAAUCACCAGCCAGUAUCAGCAAAACCUUCCGUGGUCUCUGUGUCUAGCAUAGACUCCGAUGUGAGCGACCGGAGGGACGUUAGGGAGGCACUCUAUUCCGGUAUCUUCAGGAGACACCGGAAGACCAUCUUGGUUCUAGGCAGCUUCCUGAAAAUGCUCAGGAAAUACUUCGAUAGAUUGCACGCUCUGAGCCGAGUAUUCGUUCUGAUUGCACUGCGACUUGAGCGCAUCAUAAGACCGGAGUAUUGUUAAAUCAAUCUAAGAAGUAGUUGCACUCUUUUACUGUGAGCCAUUGUUGCACACCUCUUGCCAAUGAACUCAAGGAAAUCCACGAAUCUCCUACAUGCUGUUAAACCAUCUACGUCGCAUUGUUACAUUGCUUAAAAUUAUUUAGUUCUAAGUUCACCGUUUACUAUAAGGAUGUAAUUCAUCGAAAGUGUAUUUUUCAUUGUUCCAAACCUAUUUGAUUUGAUCAUAUCAUUUAGUUCUACCGCUUAUUAAGGGAGAAAUUAUUUGUAUAAUAUAAUAUGGAUAAUGAAUAAUAAUUAAUGUAGAUCGAUUUUUAGUUUCGUAAAUUACUCGGUAAUUCAAUUACAUGUUUUCUUUUGUUUUAGUACGUAAUUUAGCGCAAAUUAUUUUUUUAUUAAGCUGCAAUAAAACAUCUCGGGUUUUUUGUGUUUAA